AUGGCCUCGCCCUUGGAUCAUCUUGCACAGUUGCUCAACGCAACCCUAGAUGCGCAGCACCAUCGCAAAGCCGAGAAUGCUCUCAAGGAGGAGGCCAAGAAGCCGAAAUACUCGUUGUCGCUUCUGAGCAUCGUGAGCACCGGCGCUCAACCUCUCAAGACCAGACUUGCCGCCGCUCUCGCCUUCAAGAACUUCAUCCGCCAUAACUAUGUGGACGAGGAGGGCAACUAUAAGCUCCCUCAAGAUGAGGUGCAGGCCAUCAAACAAGAGCUCGUUGGCUUGAUGAUUUCGUCCCCACCCACAAUACAGACACAGCUCGGCGAAGCGAUUAGCAUUAUUGCCGACUCCGAUUUCUGGGAGCGCUGGGACACCCUCACCCAGGACCUCGUCAACCGCCUUUCCAAUACAGACUACAAGGCUACAAACGGUGUUCUGGAGGUUGCACACUCGAUCUUCGUGAGGUGGCGCCCCCUUUUCCAGUCGAAUGAUCUCAACAGGGAAAUUCUACACGUCGUUGGUAUCUUCGGAGAGCCCUACAUCCAAAUGCUGAGCAUUGUGGACGGGCAAAUUGAGGCAAACAAAGACAAUGCCAGCGCACUUAAGGGCUGGCUCGAGACCAUGAGCCUCUUGAUAAGGCUUCUCUAUGACCUUGCGUGCCAGGAUAUCCCGCCCAUCAUUGAGACACACCUGCAACCCAUCACGGUGCUCCUACACAAGUACAUCACCUAUUCAAACCCCAUCUUCGACGGUGAGGAGGAUGAGGCCACGCCACUCGAGACCCUCAAGUCGGAUAUUUGCGACGCUCUUCAGCUGUUUACCAACAAGUACGACGACGAUUUCGGGCAAUAUGUACAGGAGUUCACAAACAACGUAUGGAACGUGCUGUCGAGCGUCGGUCCCGAAAAGAGAUACGACAGUCUCACGAGCAAAGCACUACAGUUCUUGACCGCUGUCGCUUCGGUGCGCCGCCAUGCCGAAAUCUUCAACAAUGAACAAAUCUUGGGCACAAUCGUCGAGAAGGUGGUCCUCCCCAAUGUGGCACUCAGGGAGUCAGAUAUUGAGAUGUUUGAGGAUGAACCUAUUGAAUUCAUCCGGCGCGACCUCGAGGGUUCGGAUACCGACUCGCGGAGGAGAGCGGCAACUGACUUCCUACGGAAACUUCUCGACAAUUUCGAACCACUUGUCACCCAGGUGGUCUUUAGGUACAUCAACCACUACCUGAGCCUCGGCAAGACGGAUUGGAAAGCCAAGGACACCGCCGUAUACCUGUUUCUAGCCAUUGCCGCCAAGGGUGCCGUCACGGCCGCCCAGGGAGUGAAGACAGUCAACAGCUUCGUCAAUGUCGUCGAGUUCUUUGAGCAAAACAUCGCCGCAGACCUCCUUACCGAGGGGACCGAGCCCAUCUCGAAGGUCGAUGCUAUCAAAUACCUAUACACCUUCCGGAGUCAACUCAACAAAGACCAAUGGGCCAGCGCCAUUCAACCUCUUAUCCAAAACCUGGCUUCGCCCAACUACGUUGUUUACACGUAUGCGGCAAUUGCUGUGGAGCGGGUGCUGUUCCUGACAGAUGAGCAGGGCCAGCACCUGUUUCCCCGGAGCGACAUCCAGCCGUAUGCCAAGGAUUUGCUGGAGCACCUGUUCGCUCUGAUCGAGAAAGACACAUCUGCUGCCAAGCUUCAAGAGAACGAAUUCCUGAUGAGGUGCAUCAUGCGGGUGAUCAUCGUCAUGAAGGAGGGCGUUCUUGAUUGUGGGGCUGAGAGUGUCCUCAAUCAUCUGAUCAGCAUCACCAACGUGAUCAAGGAGAAUCCUAGCAACCCGCGGUUUUACUACUACCACUUCGAGGCUAUCGGCGCCCUCGUAAGAUAUUGCAGCAACUCGCCCAAACUGAACAUGCUUCCCCAGUUGUGGACACCUUUCGUCGCCAUCCUUAACGAGGAUGUAUCUGAAUUCGUUCCCUUCGUUUUCCAGAUCUUUGCCCUGCUCCUAGAGCUCAACCCGUCAAACCAGGUACCCGGUGAUUUCAAGAUGCUCAUUGAAGCUGUCCUUGCCCCAGGGCCGUGGGAGACGAGGGGUAAUGUACCGCCUCUGUCUAGGUUCAUGGCGGCUAUCAUCCCCAAGGCCGCAGAGGAGAUCAAGGCCGAAAAGAAACUGGAGCCCUUCCUCGCUAUCUUCCAGCGCCUGCUAGCGGGGAAGAAGACAGACCAAAAUGCCUUCGAUAUUCUCGAAGCUAUCGUUGGCACAUUCCCUGGGGACGUUUUGGAACCGUACUUCGGCACUGUUGUCACGCUUAUCUUUACCAAGCUGCAAGCGAGCCCCACUGACUCGUACAAGUCUCGCGUGGCGCGACUCUAUCACCUCGUUUCGGCCCGGGCCGGCGACGGCAAUAUGGGUGCCGACUUCUUCAUCAAGCAUGCCGAGGGCAUCCAGCUGAACGUGUUCACGCCGUUCUAUCUUACCGUCAUCUUGCCAACAACGGGCCAGUUCGCGCGCCCUGUCGACCGCAAGCUCGGCGUUAUCUCGUACACCAAAACGCUGUGUGAGUCGGAGGCGUUCGCUCAGCGUUACCAAAAAGGGUGGGGGUUCACGUGCAACAACCUGCUGGAUCUACUCAAGAACCCUCCCCGCGUGGCCGCUGGGUUCGGCGACGACAUUGUCAACGAAGCAGAUGUCGACGAUAUCGGUUUCGGCGUCGGCUUUACUCCACUGAACACAUGCAAGCGCGGACCCCGCGACGACUUCCCCGAUAUUGUCGAGGUGGACAAGUGGGUCAGCCAGUACAUGAAGGAGGCAAACCAGCGCCACAACGGCACGCUGGUCAGGUUUGUGGAAGAGCGUCUGUCGCCUGAGGCGAAGACCGCUUUGGCGCCGUACUUGGCUUAG